UCUACUCCGCUAUCGCGUCGUGCAUGCUAAGGUGCCUUGGUGAUUUCGUCUCAUCAUUGGGUAUAAUAAGGCAUUCUUAAGAUGGGUUGGAAGACGUUUGCAGUCAUAGGGAUAGUUGCCUACUUUGUCUAUCAGAGCAUCGACCGGUUUGAUCCAGCUAGCAUCAAAGACAAGAGAGUCGUGAUCACCGGGGCUAGUACCGGCAUAGGCGAGGAGAUUGCAUAUCACUACGCCAGGUUCGGUGCCCGGAUACUUAUCACCGCCAGGCGAGAAGCAGUGCUCAAACAGGUCGUUGCGAAAUGCAAGGAGCUUGGAGCCAAGGAGGCCUUCUACGUCCCUCUGGAUAUGGCUCAAGAGGAAGCCCCUAAGACCCUGAUUGAUGAAGCUCAGAAGAAGUUCGGAGGACUGGACCAUCUUAUCCUGAAUCACAUCAUCAAUACCUAUCCGAAAUUCUGGGAAGGGGAGUUCGAUUCCGUCAUGAAGAAGACGAUGGACAUCAAUUUCUACGCCUACAUCAGACUGGCCACACAUGCCACGCCCAUGCUGAAGAAAAGCAACGGUCAUAUCGGUGUCGUGUCAUCCGGUGCGGGCAAGAUUGGUCUCCCAUUUGUGGCAGUCUACAGCGCCUCCAAGUUUGCUCUUCACGGCUUCUUCGAUGCUCUACGACAGGAAUACGAAAUGCAGAACUUUGGGAUAUCCAUUUCGACCUUCGUUCUCGGUGGGAUCAACACCACCACUGUAGCCCAAGACACCACUAAGAUAUUCCUGCCUCAAACCUUCUCCACCACUCCGUAUGACACUGCUCUGCGCAUCAUCAAGGGGACGGCCAACCGCGAGAGGGAGGUGUAUUACCCAUUUCAAGCCUUCCAAAUCACAAAGAUGAGAGACUUCGCCCCCGUGUUGAUGGAAAGAAUAAUCCAGUCGCAGACCCUCAACCAAGACACUAUCAGCAAAAUCUUGAAAUCACGGGGAGAAUAAUGGGUCGGACCGCUCAUCCCUCACCCCCCAAAUAAAUUAUACCAAAUCAGUAAAAAUAGAACUUUAAGAAGUGCGAAUUGCCUUGAUUUGCCGGGACUUUAAGACAGUUCUUUUUUUAAAAUAGUAAUAAUCCAGUUCUUCCAUUUCACCAAAAAGUAUGUUUCAAUUCAAUUUAAAUUAGACAUAAGUAAUUAGGCAUAAUAGUAGGUUGGGAUGCGUCUUGUUCAUUAUGAGACAAAGGUUGACAUCUAGGCAAUGUGUUCGGAAGGACAAAUCUGCAUUGUUUUCAUUUGUUAUUAAACAAAUGCAUAGUGUGCAUCAGCGCGUCUGCUUUAAUUGCAAUGUUUUUCGCAUAUCACUACUGGCCUGCAGGGGCGGAACUUGUUUUCAGGAAAGGGGGGAUAUUGGAAUGACGGGAAAUGAGUGAAGACAUGCACUUAAUGAUUGAGGGUCCAGGGGCAUACCCGAACCCCUCUCCCCCCCCCCCC